GUGAGGUCCAUGGGUUAUUGGCGCCUCUUUUGACCUGUUCGAUGGAAUUCCAUGGCAGAAGCGGGAGAGGCGUGGACGUCAACUCCCAAGUCGUUUAAUUUUUUGUCGGUGCCAAUGCCGGUUUUGCGCCUUUGCGCGAGUAUUAUAAUCAACAACGCUUUCAAGAAGUCAUAAUUCUAUUUUCCUUUUAAGGGGGAAGGAGUAUCACCUCAUGGAUCAGCCCUCCAUUUAUGGAAAGUAUUGAAGAUCCUAAUCCUUCUUGCCUUCCCUCCCCGAGAGCUUUGUGUGUAACCAAGAAGAGAUCCAUCUUGGAUCUUGCAAAUCUUGUGCAAGUUCCUUGAAUUUUGCUCGCGCACCCCAUUCUUCCCAGAACUUGGGAGCUCUCUUUUUUUGCCUUGCCGAGAUGGUUUGUGAGAUUGAUGAUGGCAGUGGUCGAGGAGUUGAUGAAGAGAGUGCGCACAUUGAUUCGGGGCAUUCGAGGCUACACGAGCUUGGUUACAAGCAGGAGCUGAAGCGUGAUUUAUCGCUGCUCUCCAAUUUUGCCUUUUCUUUUUCCAUCAUAUCAGUUCUUACUGGGAUAACCACUCUGUACAACACAGGGCUCACAUUUGGGGGCCCUGUUGCCACCACAUAUGGGUGGUUAGUUGCUGGAUUCUUCACCAUGUUCGUUGGGUUGUCUAUGGCUGAAAUCUGCUCCUCCUAUCCGACUUCUGGGGGUCUAUACUAUUGGAGUGCUAGGCUCUCUGGAAAGGAGUGGGCACCGUUUGCUUCAUGGUUGACGGGCUGGUUCAACAUUGUUGGUCAGUGGGCAGUCACUACAAGUGUGGACUAUUCACUUGCUCAAUUAGUUCAAGUUAUCAUCCUACUUGGAACUGGUGGUGCUAAUGGUGGUGGAUACAAGGCCUCUAAGUAUGUUGUCAUUUGUUUCCAUGGGGGGAUUCUUCUUGUACAUGCUAUUUUGAACAGUCUUCCCAUUAGUUGGCUGUCAUUUUUUGGACAGAUUGCUGCUGCAUGGAACAUUCUAGGUGUAUUUGUCCUUAUGAUUCUCAUACCUGCUGUGGCAACUCAUAGGGCUACUGCUAAGUACGUUUUUACACAUUUCAAUACAGACAACAAUGUCGGGAUCCAAAGUAAAUUAUACAUAUUUGUACUUGGUCUCCUCAUGAGUCAGUAUACGCUAACUGGUUAUGAUGCCUCAGCUCAUAUGACAGAGGAGACCAAAAAUGCAGACAAAAAUGGGCCAAAAGGAAUAAUCAGUUCUAUUGGGAUAUCCAUAGUUGUUGGAUGGGGUUACUUGCUCGGUAUUACAUUUGCUGUAACCAACAUCCCAUACCUUUUAAGCAGCGAAAAUGAUGCUGGUGGUUAUGCUAUUGCUGAGGUGUUUUAUUUGGCUUUCAAGGAUAGAUAUGGCAAUGGGGUUGGAGGCAUUAUUUGCCUAGCAGUGGUUGCUGUUGCCAUCUUUUUCUGUGGUAUGAGUUCAGUAACAAGCAAUUCCAGGAUGGCAUAUGCAUUUUCAAGAGAUGGGGCUAUGCCAUUUUCAUCAUUGUGGCACAAAGUAAACAAGCAGGAAGUUCCAAUAAAUGCUGUUUGGCUUUCAGUGUUCAUUUCAUUUUGCAUGGCCUUAACGUCUCUAGGUAGCCUCGUCGCCUUCCAAGCAAUGGUGUCAAUUGCCACUAUUGGGCUCUACAUAGCAUAUGCACUUCCAAUAUUUUUCAGAGUGACACUAGCUCGGAAGUCAUUCGUUCCGGGCCCAUUCAACUUGGGCAAGUACAGCAUUUUUGUUGGUUGGGUUGCCGUCCUCUGGGUUGCCACGAUAGCUGUUCUUUUCUCGCUCCCUGUUGCCUAUCCAAUUACCAAGGAUACUCUGAAUUACACACCAGUUGCUGUGGGUGGCGUUCUGCUUGUCACUGUAUCAUCUUGGAUUCUCAGUGCAAGACAUUGGUUCAAAGGCCCCACAACCAACAUUGAUACAAGAAUUUUAUUUUAGAAACAGCUUAUAUAUUAUGUGCCCCAUCCAUAACCAAUAAUGGUAGCUUCUUUUCAGAAAAAAAAAAAAAAAAUUAUGGGAUUUGGGGUGGAUCAAGAAGGAAAGUCUGUCGAAGAUGUCCCUCUGCAAUUUGCAUUAUCCGUUUCUUUAAAAUCUUUGUAUUCGUUUAUUAGAUGACACGUCAAAUUAUUUGUAAAUUUGUACUUAAGUGAUGGUGGGUGGAAUUAAUCCGUAGUCACCACUGUACAUCAUGGGAUAUACUAGAUGAUUUUCAUCUUAUAAGCAACAUAUUCUCAGUGAGAGAGAGA